GUAGGUGCCAUUCAUUUCUCCACAAAGCGAAGAGCUUUUCAUAGUCUGCAUCUAUCAUAAGCAAAAAAUAAUUUAGGGUUAUUUGAUUAAAAAAGCUUUUUUGAUAUCAUUUAGACAAAAAUAUCCUUAUUAUUUUCUUGUAAAAAUAAUAUUUUCUUUUAAAAUCUACAUGUAAAUACUUAAAAUAGAAAAGAGCAUUUAUGUCAAAAAUAGAUUACUUUUCUAGAAAAAAACAUGGAAAAUGUUAGAUUUCAAAUUUGGGAUUAUUUCAUCCCUUUUAACCAAAUAUUUCAAAAAUUUUGCUUAGAGCAUCGAAGCCAUGACAUUCCGAAUCAGAAAGGCUAGGGUUUCGCUAAAACUGCCCUCUCAUCCCACUCAUUCCCAGUCCCAGGACACAAAUAAUCAGAGACCUGCUCAGGCUGAACCUGUCAUGGAUGGAGGUGAUUGGAAGACUCAUCUUUCUGCUGAUUCACGCCAUAGGAUUGUCAAUAAAAUCAUGGAGACAUUGAAGAGACAUCUUCCUGUUUAUGGACCAGAGGGACUGCAUGAGCUAAGGAAAAUUGCUGAAAGGUUUGAGGAAAAGAUUUAUUCUGCUGCCACAAGCCAGUCUGAUUACCUCCGGAAAAUAUCUUUGAAGAUGCUGACAAUGGAAACAAAAUCUUUUAAUGCUGCAACCAAUUCUCUGCCAUCCAACUCUGCUGGUCACAGCAAGAAAUCCUCUGCUAGGAAAAAAUCCCUCAGAUCCAGACUCUGAGGCUGGAAAAUGGAGUUGGUUGGAAGUUGCAGCUUCAUAGGUCUACUAUGAUUUGGAAAUUUGGAAAUGUAGAAUCCAAUUUACAAACUUGAUCUAUAUUUGCUUGAUGUUUGGAUUUGCUGUUGGAAGCAGCUAUGGAAUGCUUCAGUUUUUACUAAUAAAAAAGGAGAUGGAUGUCUUGUUUCCAGGUUUA